CUGAGCUCAAAAUGUACCGUGGAGGCUCCUACAGAAUGAGGAUUUAUGAGAGGCCUGAUUUUGGAGGACAGAUGAUGGAAUUCAUGGAUGACUGUCCAUCUGUCUACAAUCGUUUCCGUUACCGUGACAUCCACUCCUGCCAUGUGAUGGACGGUUACUGGACCUUCUAUGAACACCCCAACUACAGAGGGCGACAGUACUUCAUGAGACCCGGUGAAUACAGGAGAUACAGUGACUGGGGAGGCUACAGCUCAGCUAUUGGAUCUUUCAGGCGAAUGAGAGAUUUUUAACUUCUUAAAAAUUAGAUUUUGCUAAAUUAAAAUA